AUACGGCUGUAUAAGGCCACAUGCGUCAAUACAUCAAAAUAGGAGGACUUGGAUAUUGCGGAUUUGUACCUAAUUGUGUUUUUAGACAUGUGUGGAUGUAAAAUCCUCUGCAUGGUUUACAACUUGAAAGCCUAGAACCCUAUUGCAUAAUAUAGUCUAUAGAUAUGCUUGUCUGCUUUUAUUUAUUUUUUAUAUCAAAAAUAUAUGUGUCAGUGCCAGUCCAGAAUCAAACUUUAUAAUUUGCAAGACGUCGUGUGUUCUUUCUUUUCUUUCAUAAAUACUAAUAUUCGCUUGUGCUGAAUAUUGCAUCACCGAUCGACAUUUGUUGUUAAAAUCAUGAUGCAGUCAAGGGAAGAGAGGAGAUCUGAGUCACCAUCAGGUCUUGUACUGACCACCGAUCCUAAGCCUCGCCUUCGUUGGACCGCCGAGCUUCAUGAACGCUUCGUUGACGCUGUUACUCACCUUGGAGGCCCUGACAAGGCUACACCUAAGACGAUAAUGAGAGUGAUGGGCGUGAAGGGUCUUACACUUUACCAUCUCAAGAGCCAUCUCCAGAAGUUCAGACUUGGAAAGCAGCCUCACAAGGACCAUAGCCAUGGUCACUCCACUAAUAUUAGGGAUCCUAAUAGAGUUUCCAUGUUUGAUCUUCAAAGGAAUGUUGUAUUCACUACUCCCCAUAUCACUGGUCACAAUAUGAAUGAGAUGCAAACUGAAGUGCACAGAAGAAUAGAGGAAGAGGUGGAAUUAGAAAGACAGGUAAAUCAAAGGAUAGAAGCACAAGGGAAAUACAUGGAGAGCAUGCUAGAGAAAGCAUGUGAGACACAAGAAGCAAGCCUUACCAAAGACUACUCUACUCUCUUUUUCGACCGAACCACUAUUUGCAACAACUCAUCACCCCUCACAAUCCAAUGGUUCGAGGAUCAGUUUCCUUCGUCUUCCUCUAUGGACUCUGCAAUGCAUCUCCCUGACAUCAAUUCCAACUUCUCCCUCCAAGAUUCUCGGAGUUCCAUCACCAAGAACCAUACGGUUUGCCUCGGUUAAAGAAUACUAUAUAUAGGUCUAGCUAUUUGACUCUUCCUACUCUAGCUUUAAUGUGCACUUGGUGUAUAAACGCACAAACUUGCAUGUAAUAACUUCUGUCAAACAUGAAGUAGAUCUUCGUUAUCCACUCUAAUAAUGUGAUGAUGUGCAAUAGAUGGUGAA